AUGGAAUCGCGGACACCACGGAGGGCCCCAGCUCGGAGCCAGGGCCCCGGGCAGGGCCAGGCCGCGUCCGGCCUUCACUGGCCUCCACGCAUUGGCCAUUACGAGCCCUUGCAAUCCGCUAUCGCCCUGGACGAGGCACCGCCGACAACUCGAGACGUCGCCAAGACCUCGGCCAAGUGGAAGUGGCGCUCUGGCAGGGGCGACCUGGAGGUCGCACGCGACGCGCGGCCCACAGAGUCGGGCAGGCGACAGUCGCAGAACUCUUGUCUCAUCAAGGAGCUGGAGCCGACGGGGAUAGGAUCCUGUGGCGGAGACGACGGAGCCGAGCGGAGCCGAGCGGAGAAUCCUUCACGCGACUCGGAGCGCGGGGAGCGCGGGGAGCGCGCGUACCCCCGGCUGUGCAACGCCGAGCGGUGCCGCCUCUGCUCCCUCCAGGGCUGCGGCCUCGGCAGCCUGCACGCUCGCCUGGCCCAGCUGCAGAGUGAGAGGAGGGCCCACCUCAUGCGCCUCCAGCAACCACAACGUGCUGCCCGUGCCGAGCCCGCGGCGGGCCCAAGCCCUCAGGGAGCUCAGGGCAGCGUUUUGGAGUCCGCGUCGUCUCGUCCCGGCGAGCUUGGCGAUGGUGGCGAGAAUCACGGCGGUGUUGGCGUGGCGCUUGCAGGCAGCUGGGAAAACCCGGCGGUGACUUUCAAAAGGGAGGAAGUUGAAUUUUGGGCGUCGCAAACGCAGACCGAAAUCGAUGGUGCGGAGGAGGAGGAUGCGAGCUGGGAAUUUACUUGGGAUCCCGCGUCCACCAGGGCGGCACCUGCACGAUCGCGCGACUUGAAUCUGCAGCGGCGUGACCCGUCGGCAGGAGGAGAGCUGCUCGGUGACAUCCCCGCGGAGAGUGGGAGUCCGACGGGUGACACAAUCGAGGCUGGAGCGAGGGGCGGCGGGGGACCCUCGCGUCCAACUGCCGUGCACAAAUUAAUCGCUAUCAUCUUCGGAGCCAUGUUCGAGGACUGCGGCUCGGGGGAAGGCGCAGCGGAGAACGGCGCCGACGUCGGGCUCGGCCACUCGUCGUUUCGGGCGAACUCCAGCGGCGGCGACGUCCUGCGGGAGUACUCGCUGGCGGCGGACCGGGCGAUCGACUGGGCGGCGAGCGUGCAGGCGCUCCACCGCAACCAGCACCUGCGCGACGCGCUUGCCUACCGCGCCCUGCUCGCGCUGCGGGAGCUCGUGUCUCGCCGGGCCCUGGCCGAGGCGCUGUCUCUGCCGGCCCCGGGGGCGGCCGCCGCUGCCGCCAUGGGGUCCGACUACUUUCACGUGGCGUGGUCGGUCUCGCCGCACUUCGCCCGCUGCGCCGAAGCGUGUUACCCGGGAGGCCGCGACUCGGCCGCAGGCAUGGAGCGGGAGCCCCGCGAGCGGUCUCGCGACUGCGGGAGCGCCGGGCCACGUGGAGAGGACAUCCUUCUGGCCAUCUUGAGCGGCCGCAACUGCAGCUGCUCGCCGGACGAAGAGGAGGAGGAGCGCCCGCCCGCCCGAGUGGAGCUGGCCCUGCUGCCCGUGGUGGCGCUGGAGCGCUGCCUCGUGCGGCGGGCGGCUGCCUCCCUUGGGGACAUGCGGCGCGAUGUCCUGUCAGGCCUCAGCCUGCUGCUGGUGCUGGCGCUGGCGUCGUGCGCGGCACAUGCGCUCGCGCUCUCCUCGUUCGCGCGCGUGACUGCGUGGCUGUGCGCGCGAGCGCGCCGCCUUUCGGGCCGCACGCACCGGCUGCGCGCUGAACGAGCGCGCGCCGAGGAGCUCCUGCACGAGAUGCUGCCCCGCGCCGUCGCCGCCCAGCUGCGCGCCAGCCACCACGUGCAGGCAGAGAGCUUCGACAAGGUGACCAUCUUCUUCUCGGACGUGGUGCGAUUCACGGAGAUCGCGGCGCGCUGCUCGCCGCUGCAGGUCGUCGAGCUACUCAACGCGCUCUACAUGUGCUUCGACAGACGCAUCGAGGCCUACGAUGUCUACAAGGUGGAGACGAUUGGAGAUGCGUACAUGGUGGCGAGCGGGCUGCCCGAGAGGAACGGCGACGUCCACGCGCACGAGAUCGCGCGUAUGGCCCUCGACCUGGUGGCGGCCGUGCGGCAGGUGAACACGGACGGCCUGCGACUCAACGGCACGCUGCAGCCGCUGCAGCUGCGCGCCGGCAUCCACACCGCUUCUUGUGUUGCAUCGUUCUAA